AUGAUAACGUAUUGUACUAAGCUUAAGCCAUGCAAAGAGGACGGCCUACCGCAUUUAAUUUGUAAAGAAUGUAGCCGCCAGCUUAAACGUACAUACGUCUUCAACAUACAAUGUGAGGAAAGUGAGCAAAAGUUACUGUUCUUGAUAGAAUCAGAAACAAGGAAUAAGACAGAUGGUUGCUCUGGUGAUAUAAUUAAAGACGAAUUAGCUUACGAAUAUGAAGAAGCCGAGAACAAAUAUAAAACGAACGAUAAAACGAUAGUGCCAAAGUUUGAUCAAACUUCUAAAGAUGAAAAUAAGGAUAAUAUUAAACUAGAACCAUUACUUAAUGAUGACGAUGGAGAUGACAGCUGCUGGGAUGCUGACGAUGAUAACAUUUUGUUGGAAGAUAUCAAAAUUAAGAAUACAGAACCCUUACUUAAUGAUAACGGAAGCAAUAGUUGGGAACAUGAAGAACAGCCUAUGCUAAGAAGACAAGUCAAAAGAACAGAUACUGACAAUCAUGAGAAGAGGCCUAAAAAGAAAAGGGGCAGAAAGAAAAAAGUGUACGCUGAUGGCGAACUCCGCGCCCUGCCUGAGAGUAAGCUUCCUCAUCAGUGUGAUGUGUGCGGCAAGUUCCUUAGUACUAAGAGUAAUUUAAAAGCUCACAAAUUGUGCCAUACAGACCUCCGGCCUUUUAUGUGUACCGAUUGUCCUGCCACUUUUAGAGGUCACAGCGCUUUGUUCCAACACAAGAAGGUACACACAGGCGAAACUCCUUACCACUGUGAAUAUUGCCCUAAGCAAUUUAGCAGAAGAACUGGACUAGUCAACCAUAUACGCAUGCAUAAAGGAGAGAAACUGUAUAGUUGUGACAUAUGUUUUAAAACUUUUGUACAAAGCGCUCAGCUCUCCAUUCAUAUGAAACGGCACAUGGGUGAGAAGCCGUAUCUCUGUCAAAUUUGUGGAAAAGGUUUCCCUAUAAAAGCUGAACUGAAAGUACACCAGAGGAUUCACAACGGAGAGAAGCCAUACUCGUGUCAUCUGUGUACAAAAACUUUUGCCACAUCUGGGAAUUUGUCCAUACACAUCAGAAUACAUAACAAAGAAGUUCGGUACAAUUGCAAAGAGUGUUCCCGCGGCUUCGUGACAUGCAGUGCCUACAACGUCCACUUGAAACGUCACAAAGGCCAAAGGGAUUACAGCUGCGAGUGUGGCAAGACCUUUUACACAUCGUCCGCUUUGAAACAACACAAAGUAGUCCACACGGGCGAGAAGAAAUACCAGUGCAAAAUAUGCGAUAGAAAGUUUACACAAACCAGCCAUCUUAGCCGCCAUUUUAAAAAAGAUCACGUCAAACCGAAUGCUCCCGUCCCGCCGUCAGAACAUUACAGAGUGUUGGUAGAAGAGAACAAAGAUGUUUUCAGUAUAUUUAACGGGACGGUGCAGAUCAGUACGAAUUUAAAUACCGAUGUCAAAUGUGAAGGGUCAUAG